AUGUCUAAUAAUACAUAUCUGUGGUGAGAAGAAGAAAUUAAGUAUAGCUAGAUAGGAUGACUGGAACGGGCUUCUUUGGCUUGCCGGCAAGCCAAAAAAGCCAAAGAAGCCCCGUUCCAGUCAUCCUAUCUAACUAUAUAAAUAUCAGCUACUAGUCUAUUUCAGCUACGGAUUUGUUACAGUUUCAUCAAUAUCAAGACUUCCUUUUAUCAUAUUCUCUCCUUUAUCAAUUUGAAGAGAAUUUCUGAAGAGAAUUAUCCAUCACUUCCUUGCUGUUAUCUUUUUAAAAUUUUUCGAAAGGAAAUCUCCAAAUAUGAAAGCUAUAUCAGGAAUUAUCGCAAUAGAAUACUAUCACUUAUUGCUAUUUUUAUCAUCCUGGAACAUUAAUCCCUAUAUAUUGGAGUUGUUCUCAUUUUCACUGACAAUAAAGCUGGAACUCCCAUUUGUACAAAAUCGAGCAAUUGCAAAUUUAAUUUUGCUCAAGCACUUUUAUGUUUGAUGCUUUCAUGGAAUAAUCUCUGGAGAUAACUCUAUAAGCCUUGAUAUGUCUUUUUUUAGGUCAUUUUUAACGAUAUUUAUAAUUUGUAAUAUUGGAGAGUUUUAUUUAGAUAAAGUAUCUUAUGAAAAAUUUAAUUUCAGCAAAGAGCUAGAGGUAUCAAAGAAAAGGCUGAAAAUUAUAACUGAUGCAUUUCCUGAUGGCAUAUCUAUAAUUUCCAGGAAUCGAACAAUUGAGUUUUUCAAUGGCAAUAUAAUAAGUUUGCUAAACUGUGAAAGUAGUGAUCUUUAUUAUGAAAUAUCUCGAUAUGAGUAUUGUCCAAACCGAAAAGUUUCAAGUUUAUCUUCUUCAAAUUUGCUUAUUGAUGAUAUUUCUGAAGCAUUUGAUUAUCUAGAAAAUGAUGAAAUUACACUAACUAACUAAUUAAAUUACGGCCAUAAGACCUAAAGUCUGGCCAUCUCUACUAAAUUUUCUAAUUCUUCCAGUUCUCCAUCGCAGAACUCCAUGCGAAUUCCUCCAAAAAGUCUUUCUCUAUUCAAUUGUGUUUGCUAUUUGGUCUCGACCCUCUCACCAUGUCAUCAAAUUCAAAUAAAAAAUUACACUAGGAAUCACCUUUUUGAAUAAUGUAUACUUAGAGUGAAAAAUCAAAAAGAUCACGUGAGAAGAUGCUCCAAUGCUUUUCUUGACUGUAAGAAAUGUAAAUCAAAUCAUUGAACUUGAAAAAAGUAUUGCCACCGACAAUAUGAAAACUGUGCUAUUAAGGUCAGUUUCUCAUGAACUUAGAACUCCUUUAAACUCGAUUGAAUAUUUUAUUGACUCCCCCAUCUGCGAGCGAAUAAAACCAUCUGUGAGUGAAUAAAAAUAUUUUAAUAUAACGAUUUUUAGGAAGAAAAAUUUUGAUAUAUAAAUGAUAAUUAGUAUAAUGAAAUAUCUGCUAGUCCUGGCUAAAUUUUAAACAAAUUGCAUUUAAAUAUAAAUUUUACAAAAUUAAAAAAAUUAUUUGCUUUCCAAAUUUUUGCGAAUUGCGAUUUCGAAAAAAAAAAACUUAACCUCCUUGGUAAGCGAAAAAAAUUUUUUUGUUCGUUAUAGAGGGGGAGGGGAGUAAGGAAAUAAGUGAAAACUCAAAAUUUCAAAGAACCGAAGAAGAAAAGAAAAAUUUGAAAAUAGUUUCUGUUUCUUCAAAAUUAAUGCUUUCACUUAUAGAUGACUUACUUGACUACUCAAAAAUUCUUGCUGGAGUUUUUACAGUAAAAAAAACUCAAUGCGAACCAAUUCAUAUCAUUAAAAAUUGUUGUGAGCUUGUCAGCAUGCAAGUGGCAAAGAAAAAUUUGGUAUUGAUUUGUAGACUCGAUCCAAACAUUCCUAGCUUAGUUAUUACAGAUCCUAUUAGACUAAGCCAGAUUUUGUUAAAUUUGCUCACUUCCCCCUCCGUGAGAGAACAAAACCAUUGGAAAAAUCCCUAUUUUUUGCCUAAAGCCCACCCUUCGUGAGCGGACAAAAAUACUUUUAAUAUAAAACCUUUUUAUGAAAAAAAAUUUUGAUAUAUAAGUGAUAAUUAUUAUAAUAAAAUCUCUAGCUAAUUCUGUUUAAUUUUAAACAAAUUGCGUUUUAAAACAUAAAUAAAUUAUAUUAGUAUUUGCUUUCCAAAUUUUGCGAAUCAGGAUUUUUUAAAAUUUUGAAAAAAAAAAUUUUCUAUAAAAUUUAUAUAUAAAUUUUUUUAAAACAAAAAAUUAACCCCCCUCCAUGAGCGAACAAAAUUUUUUUGCUCACAGAGGAAGGGAGUUAGCAAUGCUUUAAAAUUUACAUUAAAAGGAUCAAUAGAAAUUUGCUGCACUUAUACUCUGAAAAGCAAAUUAAAAAUUUCUGUAGAAGACACUGGAAUGGGGAUGACUGAAGAAAUAAGGCAAAGGCUUUUUACCGAGUUCAGCACAUCUUAUAUCCCUAGCAUUAACCCUAGAGGCUCAGGACUCGGCCUUUGUAUAUCUAACUUUUUAGCAAAGCAGCUUGGAGGAAAGCCUAUUAAAGUAAAAUCGAUACCUGAAAUUGGCUCGACAUUUUGGUUUUCAAUAGAUGUUUUCCAUGAAAAUUCCUCUGUCCCUCGAUGUGAAAAGCUCUUUCAAGUAGAAAAUGAAGGAAAAAUACCCUUUGAUAUGAAAAAAUAUGAAUCCUUAAAAAAUUCUGGACUCUCAGAUAUCCUCAUUGUCGAUGAUAAUGAAUUUAAUCGGAUUGUUCUUUCAGCUAUAAUUGAACAACAAGGCUGGUCUAUUGAAGAAGCAUGCAAUGGCAAAGAUGCUUUAAAUAAAGUCAUUGCUUGCAAUAAGAGAAAUCAUAUGUAUAAAGUCAUUGUUAUGGAUUGUAGCAUGCCUGAGAUGUCAGGAUUUGAAGCUACAAUGGAAAUUGUAAAUUACUAUAAAAAUGGGAAAAUCUCCAAGAUGCCCUCAAUUAUAGGGUAUUCAGCUUUCAACACAGAUGAAGAUAAAAAUGUCUGCUUUGAAUGUGGGAUGAUUGACUAUUUAACUAAACCUUGCCCUCCAGAAAAAAUUACAUCAGCUAUAAAAAAAUAUUUAUAG